AGUGAGUUCCCUGCCUCGGUGAAAGCAGAGCUGCCUUAAGAAGUGCAAGGAGACACCAUGCCAUUUCUGGGCCAAGACUGGAGAUCCCCCGGAUGGCGAUGGGUUAAAACUGCAGAUGGAUGGAAACGAUGUGAGCCCUUCAGCCCUGCGCUUGAGGAUGGGAACAGUCAGCUCGGUGACAUCAGCCACGCUGUCAUCUUAACUGAUGAUGAUGAAGAAGAAAUAUAUAAUGCUGAGGACUGUGAAUUUGCAACUAAGAAAAGGAAAAAAGAUCACUGUAGGAAUAACACAAAUUCACAAUGCCAGUCAGGUUUUUAUUGUGAAAAAUGGAUUUAUGUUCAUAAGGAGAGUACCAGAGAAAGACAUGGCUAUUGCACUUUGGGAGAAGCUUUCAAUCGCUUGGAUUUUUCAAGUGCAGUUCAGGACAUCAGAAGAUUCAAUUACGUGGUCAAACUUUUGCAGUUAAUUGCAAAGUCCCAGUUAACUUCACUAAGUGGUGCAGCACAGAAGAACUACUUCAACGUUUUGGACAAAAUUGUGCGGAAGGUCCUGGAAGACCAAUAUAAUCCACGACUAAUCAAAGAUCUUCUGCAGGAUCUUAGUUCUACUCUCUGUAUACUCAUUAGGGGAGUAGGAAAAUCUGUUUUGAUCGGGAACAUCAAUAUCUGGAUUUGCCGACUAGAAACUAUCCUUUUGUGGCAACAACAGCUAAAAAACCUUCAGAUGAACAAGCAAGUCAACAAUGGCCUUACACUUACUGAUCUACCUCUGCAUAUGCUGAAUAACAUCUUAUACAGGUUUUCUGAUGGCUGGGACAUUAUUACUUUAGGUCAAGUGACCCCAACUUUGUAUAUGCUUAGUGAAGACAGACAAUUGUGGAAAAAACUCUGCCAGUACCACUUUGCUGAAAAACAGUUUUGUAGGCAUUUGAUUCUAUCAGAAAAAGGUCACAUUGACUGGAAGCUGAUGUACUUUGCACUUCAGAAGUAUUAUCCAAUAAAGGAACAGUAUGGAGACACUUUGCAUUUCUGUCGGCACUGUAGCAUUCUGUUUUGGAAGGACUACCACCUUGCUUUGCUACUCAAGGACACGGGACACCCCUGCACUGCCAGUGAUCCCGACACGUGUCUCAUGCCGGUGUCUCCUCAGCACUUCAUUGAUCUCUUCAAGUUCUGAGACGUCCGCUAGGCGCGUGCUGCUCUUCGUGGCCGCUCUCGUGAAGAGCUGGGCAGGAUACGUUAUGCUUUUUGUGCAAUAUAUUAAGUGUUAUGUUUUGUUGUGGUUUCAAGUUAUGUUGGGUUAUUAUUGGACAGGCUUAUUCUGUGUGGAUGUUGCUCAGAAAACAGCUGAGGAGAGGGACACGUGCUAAAGCAGAGCAAAACCUCGCUAGGAAAGACCUGCAGUGGAUGACUUCUGAGUCCAAGGAAGACUAUUUUAAUCUCAACUUGAAAUCCAUUCUUUCACUGCCUUAAUAGCUGGUUAAAACUAUGUGGAAGACUUAAGCUAUUCUUACAGGGACCAAAGGAAUUUUCUGUUAGUCCUUUCUUCUUUCUUGAAGCCUUGGUUUUCAAGGCACUUCCAUAUAAUUUGUACCAUUAUGAAGACUAGCCUGGAAUUGUCUUGGACUCAUAAUGUCUGAAUUACCAAGGUGGCACUAAUCAUAGAUCUAGAGGAUAAAUAUAGCUGUGGCUAUCUGUCAUUGAACCUAUAAAUGAAGUAAGCCAAUAUUUGUACAUACAUUAUGCAAAAAUAUUUAUUUUUCUUAUAAGGACUUUAUUAAAUGACAUAUAUAGGAUGUGCUACAAUAGGUCAUAAUCCAAGGGUCAGAUAUGGGGCUGCUGCAAAAUAAUGGAUUUUUCUGACAGUAGCAAAACCUUCAUUUAUACUCUGUUUAAUGUUGAACUAAUGCAUCUCCUAAAUAGGAGGUGUUACAGCAAUUUAACAAAAAUUGAGUUGCUUGUUUCUAGGCUGCUCCAGUGGCAAUGCAUUAAUGCUGCCAAGGGACAUUCUAACCUGACAAGUUGCUGUGAGCUUUGGGAAACCCCAGAAGUUGGUCUGAGCUGGGCAGUCGGAUAAUAAAUUCUCCA